AUGGAGGCCACUGCGACGGCGGCGCAGGGACUACGGGACUGGUCGUCUCUCCCGUUGGACAUGCUCGUGCUCGUCCUGGAUCGGCUCGGGUGGUCGACCCACCCGAGCUUCGCAUUGACGUGCCGGCACUGGCGCUCCGCCGUGUCGCCCUUCUACCCGGCGUGGAUCACGCCUCUCCUCCUGAGCGCCGCCGACAUCGGCGUCACGAACGUCAGGUACUACAGCCCCUACUACCACAGGUGUUUCGAGAUCGCCGACACGCUCCUCAAGGUGCCCAAAAUUGCGGCUAGGAUCUGCUGCUCCAGUGGACAACACCUCACGCUGUGUCUACCUAGAUUGAUCCUCCAAGCCGAUCUCGUAGCCGGCACCAUGUAUGAGCUGCCAGAGAUGCCUUUCUAUUCAUUCGAGUUUAUUGUCUACGAUGAGCACGCGCGGAGGAUGUAUUGCGUCAACACGACGUACGCGCUACAGCUCGCCCGUGCGACCCAACAAGACGACGGCGAGUGGGGGCCCUGGGAAUUAACGGACUUUGACGUGGAAGGACCGCAACUUCUGGCGGCGCCGAUCAGCAACCCGGUGCUCCAUGGUGGUUUGUUGUAUGUUCUUGGUGAAGACGGGAAGAUGGCGGUGUAUGAUCCAUGCAACCACGACAAUAAUUUUACAGUUCCCGAUAAACCUAAGGGCUUUGGAAUCAAACACCAAGUUGAUAGCCACCUGUUUGAGUCCGACCAAGGCGCGCUCAUGGCUGUCCUCGUCGGCUACAGUGGUGCGCCUAUCCAUGUCGUCAAGCUCAACGAAGAGACGAUGGAGUGGGAGAAGAUGCGGUCAUUGGAAGGACAUGCGUUGUUCACCGGGACAUACACGACAAUGUUGAGGAAGACUAAGCUUAGAUUGAUGCAAAACAAGGUGUUCCUCCCGAGGCUGUAUGACUGGCCUGAGACUAUCCAUGUCGACAUUGUUACACGUGAUGGCGAAACAGCAUUUGUACCAAAGUCAUCCAGUUCGUCUAACACCAAGGAGAUCACCUCGGACAUAAAUAUUUGGUUCUACGAGUUUGGGCAGCAAGACGCAAGAGAGUUUUGGGGAUCGGAGAGAGUAGAUUAUAGUAUUUGGGUUGAUUUUAGUACUAAUUGA